AUGAACUCUGAUUCAAAUUCUUCUAGUUCAUCUAGUUCAGGGUUAUUUGAUUACAUGGUGAACGACUAUGUAGAGUGGCAUGAAUCAAUUACCCAAAGGAAAAAAGAAGAUGAAUUGAUCGAGGAAGCGAUCAAUACAACUGUUGUUCCCUUUGUAACAUCAACUUAUCAGGUCCCAUUCACUCUUGAACCUACGUACCAAAGGUGGUAUGUACCAAGAGAUCGAGAAUAUGCUGAUAUUCAGUUAUAUAACGAUUACUUUAGUCCCCAACCAUUGUACCCUGCUAAUAUGUUUCGGCGACGGUUUCGCAUGCGUAAGAAUGUGUUCACACGCAUUGUUAAUCAACUAAGCGAAAGUGAUGUUUACUUUCAACAAAGGUCGGAUGCCACCGGAAGACUAGGUGCAUCCCCCCUCCAAAAAUGCACUGCAGCAAUUCGAAUGUUAGCAUACGGUACAUCUGCCGAUGCAGUUGACGAGUAUCUUAAAAUCGCAUCAAGUACUGCAAGAGAAGGUCUGGCUCACUUUGUUGAAGGGGUUGUAGCUCAAUUUGGACCAGAGUACUUGAGGAGAGCAAAUAUUAUGGAUACUGAACGGCUCCUCCGUGAAAGUUAUGCUCGUGGAUUUCCUGGUUGUUGCUUCGCAAGACUUGUGGAUAUGGCACGCUUUUUUGGAACCCCGGGUUCUUGUAAUGAUAUAAAUGUCCUCCAACGGUCACCGGUGUUCUCUGAUAUAUGUGAGGGAAAAGCUCCAGAGGUUACCUUCAAUGUCAACGGAAAUACAUACAAUAUGGGUUACUAUCUUACAGACGGUAUCUAUCCGAAAUGGGCAACAUUUAUCCCAACAAUCAAACAUCCACAAACUGGUAAGCACAAAUUAUUUACCAAGAAGCAAGAGAGUUAUCGAAAGGACGUUGAACGUGCCUUUGGAGUGUUACAAGCUCGAUUUGCAAUAAUACGUCAACCAAGUCUAGCAUGGUCGACCGGAAUUUUAUGGAAAAUUGUAAUGACUUGUAUUAUCAUGCACAAUAUGAUUGUUGAAGAUGAGCGAGAUGGAUAUUUGCAUUAUGAUGCAACUGAAUUUAUCAAUGACCAACCCCAAAAUGUAGCUGAAUCAUCAACUAGUAACAACAACCAACCAUUUAUUGUGAGAAGUGGAUGA